AGUGCAUAACUGUAGGCCAGGUGCUUCCGUUCCCAUUAGCAACCGGAGGCUUCUAAACCAUUUAGUCUCCCUCCCCCGCUUCUGCGGUCUAGCAACCCUUGGUAAUCCGAGGUUUGGCGAGACUCCGUCUGGCCUCUCUCCUUUAGGCUACCGACUCCCGCCUUCCGCCAUGGCAGAGUUGGGCCUAAAUGAGCACCAUCAAAAUGAAGUCAUUAAUUAUAUGCGAUUUGCUCGUUCAAAGAGGGGCUUGAGACUCAAAACUGUAGAUUCCUGCUUCCAAGACCUCAAGGAGAGCAGGCUGGUGGAGGAGACCUUCACCAUAGAUGAAGUCUCUGAAGUCCUGAGUGGGUUGCAGGCUGUGGUUCACAGUGAGGUGGAGUCUGAGCUCAUCAACACUGCCUACACCAAUGUGUUACUUCUGCGGCAGCUGUUUUCACAAGCUGAAAAGUGGUACCUUAAGCUGCAGACAGACAUCUCUGAACUUGAAAACAGAGAAUUAUUAGAACAAGUUGCAGAAUUUGAAAAAGCAGAAUUUACAUCUUCAAAUAAAAAGCCUAUCAUAGAGAUCAUAAAGCCAAAACUUGUUCCACUUAAUGAAGGUGGAACAACAGAACUCCUAAACAAGGAAAUUUCAAGACUUCAAGAAGAGAAUGAGAAGUUGAAGUCAAGGUUGAAGACCAUAGAAACACAGGCUACAAAUGCCCUGGAUGAGAAAUCAAAACUAGAAAGAGCGCUGCAAGAUUUACAGCUCGAUCAAGGAAAUCAAAAGGAUUUUAUAAAGGCCCAAGACUUGAGUGACUUGGAAAACACAGUUGCUACUUUAAAGAGUGAGUUUCAGAAGACACUUAAUGACAAGACAGAAAACCAGAAGUCACUGGAGGAGAAUCUGGCAACAGCCAAACAUGAUCUACUCAGGGUUCAGGAGCAGCUGAGAAUGGCUGAAAAGGAAUUAGAGAAGAAAUUUCAACAAACAGCUGCUUAUCGAAACAUGAAGGAAAUUCUUACCAAGAAGAAUGACCAAAUCAAAGACCUGCGGAAAAGACUGGCAAAAUAUGAACCUGAAGAUUAAAAACCGAAGAUGUCAUCUCGAAGCUGCCACAAUAUGAAUAUACAAGCUCUCUCACCUCAGGCAUGUAUUUUGAAGCAUUUUGUCAUAUUCCCUCUACUUAUUUUUCUAAUAUUUGGACUUUGCUUCUAAUAUUUAGAACUAGAGUUCUUACCUUCAGUUGUCUAAUAGAGAAUAGAGAAAACCUAGUGAUUCUGGCCGGUAGCCCCACACACUGGUCUGCCGAGCGCUCCAGAGUCUCAGUUUGCAUGCAGUGAGGAUUCUUUACAACAAAGAAGAGAUUUUUAGAGUGGGAAGAAGAGUCUUAUCCUUUUGCAUUAGUAUAAAGAGUAUAUCUUUUUAACAAAUGUUAAAGAAGCUGAUAAUGUCUGUAUUUGUGUAUUCCUCAAGGAUAAAAAUAAAAAGUGUUGUUAAAGAUAA